AUGUUCUACUCGGACGCAAUUCUAUCCAAGCGAGGGCCCCUAGCCAAAGUAUGGCUGGCGGCCCAUAUGGAGCGCAAGCUCUCGAAAGCGCAGACAUUACAAACGGAUAUUGAGCAAUCAGUUGACGCAAUCAUGGGGCAGGAGAUCGAGGUCAUGGCACUCCGAUUGAGCGGUCAACUUCUCCUUGGUGUGGUCCGGAUCUACAGCCGCAAGGCUAAAUACCUCCUCGACGACUGUAACGAAGCACUCUUGAAGAUUAAAAUGGCCUUCCGCCCAGGUGUUGUGGAUAUGACGGACCGAGAGAUGGAAGUCAACAAAAACGCUAUCACUCUCCAAGGGGAUGGGUUCGACAUCGACCUUGUCCUCCCUGACCUUAACUGGGAUCUAGACCUUGACGAGCAGUUCGCGCCCAAGCCUACGAACCAGCAACAUGUCGCUCGCAAAGCGGACAUCACCCUCGCCUCCGCCGACGACCUCCAGUUCGAGUUCUCAGAUGGUGGUCUCGGCUUCGACCUGGGACCUUCCGACGGCAUUGGUUCGAACGAUUUCGAGGUCGACCUGGGUAUCUCCUUCGAAGACGACGAAGAACGACGGUCUGAAGAUGCCGACAGCAUAGAAGUGGGACGAGAUGCGGCGGUGGGGAGAGGCCCGAGGGAAAGUUUCGGCUCUGAGCUCCUCGGAAAACCAGAUGUGGAUAUGGACGACUUGAUGAGCAACCGCAGCCGCGCACCGUCUGAGCACCCUUUCGGAAACGACUUUGGUGACUUCGGUUUUGCGCCCGGUGAACAAAUGGAUCUGGACCUCGGUCUCACUUUCGACGAGGAGCAACCAGGAACGCCGGGUCAAACGCGCUCACCUCUCUCUCCCCUUUCCGAACCUCCGGCCACGCCUCCGCCUCACGAAGCCGAACCCGAUGUCCUCCUCACACCGCGCGCCACGGCCGUCGCCGACGGCGAAGCAGCGGCGGAAGAGGUGGCGACGAAGCAGCGCAAAAUUAAGGAGAAGAAGCAGAUUAUUGACAGCGUAACCGAGCUUGCAGAUGGUCCGGGGCCCAAGACCGGUCGCGGGCGGGGCGGCCUCGGACCCGUCAACAAGGACAUCAGCGACAUCCUCGCCGAGCCGCAGUUCCUGCCCCGCUCUGCCAUCGUGAUGCGUCUGAUGGAGAUCCGUGAGGACCCCCUGGCGCACUUCAUGCCCACCCGGACCACUGCUGAGGGAACCUUCUUCUGCGGCGCGCCGCCGGGCCUGGCACCCGAGCUUGCGGAGCUAUUCAUGGAGCCCGUCGGGUUCCCCGCCGGCAAGAAGCGCGCGGCGUCGCCGGGUAAGGACAAGGGCAAGAAGAAGGCGAAGCUUGACGAGGGUAGCGGCUUGGAGGACGAGGACGAGAUUGAGCAGGCGCGGAGGGCCAGUGUAGCGCCCAGUAUGGGGUUGGGGAGCAUCAUAGGGCGAGGCAGCGUCGCGCCGGAGGAUAUCACCUUCGGUGGCGUAGACGACACGGGUAUGGCUAUCGACGACUUCCAGCUCGAUAUCCCUCCUGCGGAUCAGGACCUGGGGCGCGGGUCUGUCGCACCGUCCGAGCGCAGCCGCAUGUCGCGGUUGUCCACCCCCGCGCUGUUCGACGAUGCCGAACCGUCGUAUGCCGACGCGAGCUGCCCCAUCGCGAGCUUCGACUCGCGUCCAUCCCAGCAGUCACAGCAGACCAGCUCGGAGCUAGACAGGGAUGCCGAAGUGGUUGAUGAGGGCAAGGGCUACAGCAGGAACACGGUGAAGGCGCUCGGUCUCAUUCGCAGGGAGCUGCGGCCAACGGCGGAGGAUGAGGAGGCCGACAAGGUGUUGAGCUUUGAGCAGUUGUCGCACAAGGCAUCUCGACGGGCGGCGUCGUCGUUCUUCUUUGAGCUUCUGGUGCUGGCAACACGGGACUGCGUCAAGGUCACCCAAGACGAGCCGUUUGCCAAUAUCGAGGUCCGCGCGAAGGACAAGCUUUGGGAACGACAACGUCAUGGAUCGGUGGCUCCUUCCAUUGCGUCUGCUAUGGGCCUAUAA